AUGAGCAUGCACCCAGCGCGACAGGCUUAUGUCGAGGAAGAGGAUGGCGCGGACAAUGCUAUGGAAGGAAUUGACCUUGCCAGUGUCCCGCUCGACCGCAACCAUGCCAUGCCUGGUGGAGGCAACGCGUCGGCCUCGUCGCUCAUGGAGGAUUUUGAUCGCAAACGACGAGCCGCCCAGUUAAUUGUGCCAACUGCCGAUCGCGACGUCAAGGCCAGGCUACGUGCACGGGGGGAACCCAUUACACUAUUCGGCGAAGGGCCUUCGGAGCGCCGCGACCGACUUCGAGCUCUGCUUGCCGCGGCUGCUGAGGCACUUGGCGAAGAUGCACCGGAUGUUGAAAUGCAAGAUGCAGAAGAGGGGGCUGGCGAUGAACAGGAAGAAUUCUACACCCAAGGUACCCAAGCACUGCUGGACGCACGGCGAGACAUGGCAAAAUAUUCUCUACCGCGCGCAAAGGAACGUGUCGCAUACCAGCGUCGCGAAGCUACCAUUCCACUCAAAACCCACAUCGAAUUCCGCAAUAAUAUCAAGGACCGGCUGAAAGGCUUCGAGCUGUACGGAUCGCAAACCGCAGAUCGCCCAGUGAGCAUUGUACGCGUCUCACCAAAUGGCAAAUAUGUCGCAUAUGGCACUUGGGGUGGCAAGGUUGCGCUGCUGGAGAUCCCUAGCAUGGAACCCAAAAAGGCUUAUAGGGGCGGGCAUACUGAGCGCACAACGGGUAUAGAUUGGAUGCCAGGUGCGACACUCGAUGGCAGCAACGUCUCGACUUCGAGUGUGAAUUUUGCGUCUGGUGGAGCUGGUGGAAAGGUUCAGCUAUGGUCCCUGGAUGACGACAAACCCGUGCGCACCCUAGAGGGCCAUUCCGAUCGUGUCUGUCGAGUAGCGUUCCACCCAUCAGGUCGAUACUUGGCCUCAGCUUCCGACGACACGACAUGGCGUCUCUGGGACGUGAACACUGGACAGGAACUUCUCAUGCAGGAGGGUCAUUCAAAAGAGGUCUACGCUGUGAGCUUCAACGGUGAUGGGUCCCUGAUUGCAACUGCCGGUUUGGACAGUAUUGGCCGUGUUUGGGAUGUGCGUACCGGCCGCGUCAUCUACAUGUUGGAAAGUCAUAUCAAACCCAUCUACAGCAUAGACUGGGCCACGGAUGGCCAUCGCCUACUCUCUGGAUCAGGUGACGGUUUCAUGAAGUGCUGGGAUGUUCGAGCGAUGAGAGAAACCAACUCGAUCGCCGCGAACACUGGAGGUGUCACAGAUCUGCGAUGGUACAAAGGCACCGAUGGACCAGCGAGCGGUGUGCCACUUCAACAAAACGACCAGGGCGAUCUCAUCCCAAAGAAAGCGUCGACCUUUGUUAUCUCAUCUGGAUUCGACAAGAACAUUCAGAUCUUCUCAGCGGACGACUGGGCGCAUUGCAAGACUCUGUCUGGUCACUCGGGGCCGGUCUUUAGCACAGAUGUAACGAGCGAUGCUUCAUGGAUCGUCAGUGGUGGAAAAGACCGAUCCGUGAAGUUGUGGGCAAGAGACGAUAACGGGGGCAUAUGA